AUAAAUAGUUUUUCCACUGUGUUGUGUCUUGUGUGUUAGACUUUAGAGUAAUAAAUUUAGACUUGAUUCUUGGCUUUGUAAUGCAACAAAAACUAAAACACUGGUUAAUAAUUAAUUAUGGAAAUUAAUUACAUCAAUAUUUCCAUAUAAAGUUGCUGUUAAAUACAAUGAUAAUUGUACAUAUACUAAUAAUAGUACAGAAUAUGCACAAAAAAUCAUCAGUGCAACAGAAAAAAUACUUCGUGAAUUAAAUACACUUAGUUGAUAACAAGUAGAUGAAUAAAUAUUAUUUUUCAAAAAUGAUAAACUAAAUAAUUCAAUUGUUUAUAAUAAUAUUAAUGAUGAUAAUAAUAAAAAUUUGAAAAAAAUGAAUAGUGCAAGACUGAUAACAACUGGUAAAACAAUGGAUAAUAAUAAAAUAAAAAAUAAUAAAUUAAAUUAUUGUCAACAAACAAUAUUACAUCAUAAUCCAGUAACAUUAAAACAUCAAUCAGUAACAAUAACAAAAUAUAAAGAUAAAACAUCAUCAUUAUUAAAUUAUACAUCACAACCAAGUUGUUCAAAUGCAAAAAUAUAUGGUAUGCGAAGUAAAGAAGAAUUACAUGUACCAAGUGAUGUAUUAUCAAGUAAUAAAAAAAGUUUGGGAGUUGAAGUUUGUGUUACAAUGGCAUGUAAUGAUAAUAAAAGAAUUGGUAGUGCUGAAAGUGCUGGUAGUCAUGAUAGUAUUAAUCAAGAAAUUCAUCAUUUUAAACCAAUUAAACCAGCACUAAGAACACUUGUUACAAUGACAUCUGAUGGUAAAUUAAUUGAACCAAAGUUGGUCAAGGUCAUUCCAGUGAUUAAAAAAGUCACAAAUAUUAUUCCAAAACCUCCAUCACCAAGUAACAUUAAACAAAUUUUUGGCUGCUCUUGGAGUGCGUUUAGAGGUAAAACGAGACAUAAUUUAAGAUAUACAGAAAAAGAAUUAGAUAAAAAUAAUCAACUAAAGUCUCGUCAAUUAACAAAAUUAACAAAAACAUUUGAUACAGCAAGAAAAAUUGAUCUUGCACAAGAUACAACAUUUGACAACAAUAAAAAUUAUACUAAAAAUAUAAAUCCCAUAAUAAAUGGUACUAAAGUUAUUAAAAAAUUAAAUAUCAAUGAUAACAAUGAUAUAAUAAAUUUAAAAACAUCAAAAAAUAAUAAAAUAAAAAAUGGUUUAACUGGUAAAAAUAAAAAGUUAAAAAAUACAAUUACUGAAAAUAAACAUUUAUGUAAUAAUGAAAUUAGUCAAACAAGUUCAAAAAUUAAUUCAGUAUCAUCAAGUUUAAUAAAUGAAAAUAAUAAUGAUGACAAAAUUGAAGAUGACGAUAGUGCCAUUAUAAAUAUUGCUGAACGAAUAAAACAAAGAACAAAAAAUACUGAACAAAAUAAAAAAUUAAAUUCACCAAGAAAAACAAGAAGUAAAACAUUAAAUAAUAAAAAUAUAAACAUUGAACAUAUUGAAAUACCAAUAAAAUCAAAAAAAACAAAAUUAAAAUUAAACAAUACACCAAUUAAAAUGACAAAAUUAAUAACAAAUAAUAAUAACGAAAAAAUUAUAACAAGAAAAACAAGAAAUUCAACAAGAAAAAAAAAUAAUUAUCAAGCUAAUAAUGAUGAUAAUAAUAAUGAUAAUGAAGAUGAUAAAAAUCAUGAUAAAAUUGAUAAUAAUAUUGAUGAUUUUAUAGUGUGUAAUAAAGAAAAAUCAAAAAAUGAAAAAUUGCUCUUGCAGGAACAAGAGGAUUUUGAAUUAGCACGAAAAUUACAAGAAAAAUUAAAUUGGGGUGGAGUUAGAACAAGAGGAUCAAAACGUGCACUAGAGUCAAAUAAUAUUGAAUUAGAUUUGAAAAAAAUUAAAAUUAAUGGUCAAUCAUUAUCAACGGAUAAUGGUGGUAAUAUUAAAUAUCGUCGAAAACAAAAACAAACUACAAAAUAAAUUAUAAUACAAGAUAACAUUUUUUUUUAAUUUUUUUUUUUAAACAAGAUUGCUAUUUUAAUCAAUUAUUUGAUCGAAAAAAAUAUAUUUUAUUUUACAUACAUUUAUUUUAUAUCUGAUCACAAAGUAUGUUUUUUUUUUUUAAAUAACUAUUUUUUUAUAUUGACUUAAAUUUAUUUUCAAACAUAAAAAAUUAUUCGGUAUUUUAUGGGAAUUUUAUUUCGUGAACUAAGUGAGUACCUGUUAAGUAUGUGGGAGGGUCGUGAAAUAUUUUUUUAAAUAAAUUUUCACAAUUAAAAUAUAUACAAUAUACAAAGCAAUUUUUCUGACCUGAUCAAUGACUGAAUCGCAAUUUUUUUUUAUUUGCAUUAAAUCAACAAUCAUAGAAUUUAUUUUGAAAUUUUUUUAUUUGUUUGUUUUUGUGGAGAGACCCCCUUGUCAAAGUUUGUCAAAGUUUAAAUGAAUAAAUUGAUGAAUAUAAACGAAAUAUUAU